AUGUCCAAAUGCUCCUUUGGAUUACAGCAGGUAGAAUAUCUGGGUCACACUGUUUCUGGUGAGGGUGUGGCAAUGGAGAAGGAUAAAAUCCAAGCAGUGUUGAACUGGCCUGUUCCUCUAAAUCUUAAACAGUUGAGAGGGUUCUUCGGACUUACAGGAUAUUACAGAAGAUUUAUCAAGAGUUAUGCAUCCAUAGCUGGCCCUCUAAACAAUCUUUUGAAGAAAGAUAACUUCCUAUGGGAUUCACAAGUUACUGCAGCUUUUGAGAGGCUUAAAACAGCCAUCACUAAAGCCCCAGUUUUGGCCCUCCCUGAUUUUUCCAAACCAUUUGUUUUGGAAACUGAUGCAUCGGGGUUAGGAGUAGGUGCCGUUUUGAGUCAGGAAUCCCAUCCUAUAGCCUACUUCUCAAAAAAAUUGAAUUCGAGGAUGUAG